CUGUCUAGCUGUCACCUCAACAACCCAGCAACAAUCUGGUUCUACAGUGUUACACCUGAGAAGCGCAGUGAAUAACAGGGGACCAUGGCUGCAACACUGCUUCCGUUUCUGAUGAAGAUAAAAAAUCGUAGUGAUGCUGUUCUCUCUUUACUUACAGAUACUAUGGAAGGAAGCAACGGUAUCUGGCCCAGUCAGAAGCAACCAGGGGGUCUUGUCUGGUCGACACAGCCUGGCCAACAGCCCACCCAACCCCAGGCCAUGCCCUGCUUUCCUGGGCAGCCCAGCACCCCCUGCUGGCCUGGUCCACAACCAUCCCAACCAGCCCCAGCUCCGGCUCAACCUCAGCCUAUGCCCUGUUUUCCUGGGCAGCCCAACACCCCCUGCUGGCCUGGGCAACAGCCAUCCCAACCAGCCCCAGCUCCAACCCAAAACUGGAACUGGCCUGGUCCGCAACCAUCCCAACCAGCCCCAGCUCCAUCCCUAAACUGGCCAGGUCCCCAACCACAACCACCCCAACCAGCCCCAGCCCAUCCCUGCCAGCCAUGCUGGCCUGGACCCCAUCCCCAGCCUCUCCAAUUCCAGCCUCAGCCUGCACCCCAGCCUAUGCCCCAGCAUUUUCAACCUCAAGGCCCAGCUCUGAUUCAAGCCCAGGCCCAGGGCCCCAGUCAGCCUAGUGUCCCAGGGUGGCCAGUCCCAGGCCUUAGCCCAAGCAUUAACCCAGGGUCUGGAUGGCCAUUAGGCCCUGGUCAGGACACAGAUGGCUUCACACCUGCUCCACAGUGGAAUCCGACACCAGCUGGACUGAGCGUGCCCUACAACCUGAACCUACAAAGAGGCAUCUACGACAAGAUGAUGAUCACCAUCAUGGGCCGGGUCAAACCAAAUGCUAAGCAGUUCACAGUCAACUUCCUGCGAGGUAAAGACAUCACCUUCCACCUCAACCCUCGGUUCAAUGAGGGGGGCAAGCAGGCAGUGGUGAGGAACACCAAGGUGGGAGAGCGCUGGGGGAAGGAGGAGAGGCACACACAGGGAGGCUUCCCCUUCAUGGCUGGACAGUCCUUCGAGAUGAAGAUUCUGGUUACGUCAGGGGAGUUCAAGGUGGCCUUGAACGGAGCUCAGCUGUUUGAGUUCAAACACCGCGUCAGAGAACUCAACCAGAUCGAUCGCAUCAACAUCCUCCAUGAUGUCAUCCUCACCUACGUCAACGUAGACACAAUACCUUGACAUCAAUAUACAGUAUAUAACACCCAGCAUAGGCUACAUGCAUAACAUGGCAUCAAUCUGCAUUUGUCUUUGCACCUGUUUUACAAUGAUGAGCUGUACACUUAAACCACAUUAAUUCCCACUAACAAACACUCCAUCUGCAAAUGUGUGUAAUGUUAAAGGCCUAAGGAUUCAACAAUGCCAUUUAAUUGUAAUUCUUAUAUUUCAUAUAACUAUUUUCUGUUGAAUGUCUAUAUAAAUCCCGGUCCCGUGUGGCUCAGUUGGUAGAGCAUGGUGUUUGCAACGCCAGGGUUGUGGGUUCGAUUCCCACGGGGGACCAGUACGGAGAAAAAAAAAUUAUGAAAUGCAUGUAUUCACUACUGUAAGUCGCUCUGGAUAAGAGCGUCUGCUAAAUGACUAAAAUGUAAAUCAACAUACUUUAUGACUUUGAACUGACUAAAGAUAUCCGUAGUUACAGAACGUCUCUAUAGGAGAGGAUUCAGCGUUUUAGAAUCCAACCAGCUGGGUUAACUUUUGCCACUGUAAAUAAGAAAAUAAGUUGGUAGAGCAUGGCGCUUGCAACACCAGGGUUGUGGGUUCAAUUCCCAUGGGGGAUCAGUAUGGUAAAAAAGUAUGAAAAGGUAUGCACUCACUACUGUAAGUCGCUCUGGAUAAGAGCACCUGCUAAAUGACUAAAAUGUAAAUGUAAAUUUGUAUGAAAUAAAACCAUUAAAUUGAAUGAA